GGAGAGGAGAGGAGAGGAGAGAGAAACAGGGAGAAGGAGAGGAAGUGAGAGACUCGCGCUAGAAAGACCCAAGUUCGUUUUAGUGCGACACGCUCGAGAAAAAAAUAGCGCGUAUUUUAUCUCGUAAUCCACGGGUGACCCAGCGGGCAGUUAAAAGGAAUCGGCGCAAACUGAAAGAAGUCGCGCGGAUACCUUCUCCACCACCUUCCCGUCAAACAGGAAGUCCGUUUGAAACGAAACAGGCGAAUAUCCGGGGCGAACAUCGGCACCUGGGUGUGCGUGUGUGCGUAUUCGCACGGGGGAAAAAGGAGGAGAGGAGAUCACAAGCGAGAGCGCGCAUUCUUUCUUUCUUCCUUUCUUCUUUCCUUCCUUCCUUCCUUUCUUCCGCAUCGAUUCGCGCGGCACCGAGUCGCCGCGGGUCUCCGCUUUAUCGAGCCCCUAUUCCACAUCGAAACCGGAACGCGGCAGCGGAGCCAGCGCGGGCGGCGGUGGUAAGCGCGACGACGCUACGCUACGGCAUGGCGAACGGGAUCGUUCGCUCUCUCUCGCGCACAGCCGUCCCGAGGAACAGCUGAUCCAGCGUUAGCGGAGGAUAGACGUGGGGAGACGCCAGGGCCAGGAGGGCAACCCGUCAUCGUCAUCGUCGUCGGCGUGUUCCCUGAACGAGCGACGAGAGUCUGGUGGGUUGGCACGUCGUGGCCGGGCGUUUCCACGGCCUCCAAGGGGGACGGCGGACGCGACCAUGCGGAGUCCGCGGGCGUCCGGAUCCCGGAAAAAUCGAUGCGCGGGGAUGCAGCGACGUGACGACGGCGCGUCGUCGUGAGGACGCCCCCUCCCCCCCUUGCCCCGAUACACAACACGACUUCGCCCGAGGUGCGUUGAUUAGGUUAUGUCGCGUCUGGCGUCUGGCGGUUGUAAACACGGGUAGCCCGUCGCGUUGUUGUGAGGCAACGUAACCGCAACGUCGUGCAGAUAGCAGCGUCGAUGAGGCGGCGCGACCUAAGGCGACCCGACAAGAUGCUGAAGCUGGACGAGAUCGAGGGCGAGCAGCAUUCUGUGCCCAGGAGAAUGCGGAAGGCUGAGAAGAAGGAGGAGAAGAAGAAGAGGAGCAAGGGCCACCGCAAGAAGAGCAGGCACGCGGGCAGCGGCAGCGGACGCCGCAAGCUGCGAAGCGCCGCCGUGGAGGCUGUGCUCCCGCACAAGGUGGAACCACCGGAGGUAGAGGAGGAGGAGGAGGAGCAGCAGGAGGAGACGACACCGCUAGAUCUGUUGUACCUCGCGAAGAAUGCCUCUGACGUGUCCUGCAAGAUCGAGCCGUCUGUGUCCAGCGAGGACAACUACAUCCUGAUGCCGCCUCUGGAGACCCUCGAGGACGCGGGAGUAAGGAUGGAGGAGCUGCUCGAGCAGAGCAUGCACAAGAUCUCCAAGAGUCAGAAGAACGGCAGGUGGAAGCACAGCUACAAUAAGAUGGUAUACCUGCGGAAGUGCGCGGCCAACGGGUCGGAUCAGCAGCCAGCCGAGCCGGACGAAACCACUGGCCAGAGCACGUCCGAGGAGCACGAGCGUAUCCCCAAGAUCGAGGAUAUCGCGUACACGGAGAACGCGGAGAGGAUCAAGCGUGACAAGAAGUGGGCGAAGAAGCUGAACCCGCUCUCUUUGCACUACACGGACAAGAAGAGGCCCUACCUGAAGUGUCCUGCGUGCGGCGCUACCUUCUUCAGCCCGAACACGUAUCAGAGGCACCUGCUCUCGCACCUACACACCACGGCGGAUAGUUACAUGUGUAAUUUUUGUAAUUAUGCGAACGUGGAGCCCGGAAUGUUGUUCGCUCACUUGACCAAGCAUCAGAACCAAUGCGAGUCCUGCAACGAGAGCCUCUUGCGCAAGGACAACUACGAGAAGCACUAUCAGUGCUCGACCAGUCUGCUCGAGUGCGGCCUGAAGCGCGAUCAUCACGGCAUGUUCGUCUGUGCGGUAUGCGAGCUGGUGUUCGACCUCCUGGCGCAGCUUGAGAAGCAUUGGUUCAAGCACACCUGCAAGAAGCAGAAGUCGUAUCAGUGCAACGAGUGCAGCGGGAUGUAUGAGAACACUGAGACCCUAAAGAAUCACAUAUGCCUCAAGUGUCCGGUUUGCGGCGAGGUCUACGAGAGCCUCCAUCGGCUCAAGAUACACACGAUGUGGACGAAGCACAACCUCAAGUGUAAGAUCUGCUCCUACGAAUUUAUCCUCUCGAUGGAUCACGAGAAGCACAUGGACCUGCACAGAAAGGUCUAUCAGCCCAUGAAGGAUUACAUGCACUGUCUGCGCGCGGUCGAUGGCAAGACGUUUCAAUGCAACCUGUGCGACAAGAUAUUUUACGCCUUACCUGCCCUCCUCACGCACCUUACGGAGGACCACAACGUGGGGAACGUGAAGGUAGAGGAAGAGGAGGAGGAGGAGAUGGGGGACGAUGGUUACGAACUAAAAGGAGACACUAUCAAUAUCGUUGUAGUUCCUGACUUUAAGGAUUCCGACAGUUAUUACGACACUGAGAUCGAUUCCCUGCAGCAGGAAACCGAUCUCUACGAUCCGUCAUAAAGGCGAAAAAAAAGUAUCGCUCGAGCAUCAGCUGUGAAAAUAAGAGAGCGGCGAACUUACUCCUACGAACGGUCGUUAGUUUUUACCGUCGAACAUCUCGUAAUAGUGAUACUCAAGUCGGACUAUCAAGUAAGAAAAAAAAAACUGAUACAAUUGUAAGUGCCGUUUAUAGAUAUAAUUAAUGCGCUAUUUUUAAAAGUGUAUCGUUUGCUUCAAGAUUUUUAUAUCAAUUUAUACCACAGAACGUUAAUUUUACACAGACAUGUUAUAUUUUUUCUGUUUUUUUUCCUGUUAAGUAAAAUGUAUCGAUGAUAAUUAAACAUAUAUUAGCAAUCCGAAAGUAGAUAAGGAAAAAAUAGAUACGGAACGAUUAUUGUGAAACGAUCGAAAUAGCAGAUAUUUUCUGAUGGACUUGGAGAAUUCGAUUACCUACACUACUUCGCAAUGAUGUACUGCAAACUAUACUGUACUUAAAUUACUUAAAUAAUAAAGCAUAAAUAUUGCAUUAAUA